CUUGAAGGAUGGAAAAAGUAGGACCACGGUCUGAUUGCCUCCGUAGUCGAACCAAAAAUUUUAUUUACUACCUCUGCUCAAUGAUGGAAACGUCGAUCUUUCUCAGUUCAUCUCUCAUCUCUACCUUUAAACUUUUUUCGUCUGAAAAAGAGGUUAUGUCAUACCUGUCACUUCUGACAGCAGGGAGGAGUUAAUUUUUUGUACAUUUUCUGCAAAUACACAAUUGAUGUGCAACAAAACAAACAAAAGGUCUAUCAAAUAACCAUGAAUAAUUAUUGAUCCCACCCUAAAGACGAGCAAUAAUAUUGUGGAAAAAUGUCUGACCAACUAGAGCCACCAAUCCAAGAAACUGAUGUUCUCUCCAACGAUUCCGAUGCUGAAUGCUCGCAAAGUGUAUGUUCAGACACCCACAGCGAUAAUACAUCUGCUUCAGGACUUACAGAGAAAAGUACAAUAUCAGAGUCAACUAUACAUGCUCUCUCUGCUGCAGGUGAAUUGGAAAAUAUCAACCAUUCCUCUUCAUUCUCAGGUACAGAAACGAAGACAAAUUACACAUCAGUGAUUAAUAGAAACAUAAUCUUACCAUGGGGAGCUCAGAAAGAAAGACCUGCUCAAUCAGGGCACAUUGCAGAUGACAUUAGGCCUGGAGAAUUUGUGAUGAGGAGUCUAUUUGCUGAUUUCACUGUGUUAGCUGAAAAGAAAAUUGAAAAUGUCAUGACAGAACCACAAGAAAAACCUCUAUCCAAAUCAUUACAAAGAGGAGAAGAUGCUCAAUUUGACCAGCUGUUGAGUGCUUUUGGAUCUGUGGCUGAGCACUGUUUACCUUCAUUGCUUAGAGCGUUAUUCUCUUGGUAUGAGAGGCAGAUGUCAGAAGUAUCUAAUCCUGAACAAAAAAAGUCUGAUAUAAAACAGAAGAGCAUUAUAAACAUUGUGGCUGGAAAUACAACUGAAACAGUGGAAAGAUCGGAGGCAGACAUUCAAAAGGAGAAAAGGGAUUUGGCUGUUGAGUUCAUAUUUUGCUUAGUACUUAUUGAGGUGUUGAAGCAAAUGGGGCUUCAUCCUGGCCAUGAAGAUUUAGUGCAAUAUAUUGAAAAUUUAGCCUUGAAGCAUUUCAAAUAUCAUGAAGGGAUCCAAAACAGUCCCAACAGUGCCAACAUUCACAUGAUCUCUGAUCUGUAUGCUGAAGUGAUAGGCGUUUUGGUUCAAUCUCGCUUCAUGUCAGUCAGAACCCGAUUCAUGGCUGAACUGAAGGAACUAAGAUCACGAGAAUCUAAUCCAAAUACAACACAAAGUAUCAUCAGUUUAUUGAUGGGCAUGAAAUUCUUUCGUGUGAAGAUGGUGCCAAUUGAAGAGUUUGAGGCAUCGUUUCAGUUUAUGCAGGAGUGUGCACAGUAUUUCCUCGAGGUUAAGGAUAAGGAUAUCAAGCAUGCUCUGGCAGGGUUGUUUGUGGAGAUUCUGGUUCCUGUUGCAGCGGCGGUGAAAAACGAAGUAAAUGUCCCAUGCCUCAAAAACUUUGUAGAGAUGCUGUACUCUCAAACUUUAGACGCCAGCACGAAAAACAAACAUCGACUAGCUCUCUUUCCAUUGGUGACAUGCCUUCUUUGCGUCAGUCAGAAACAGUUUUUCUUGCAGAACUGGCAUUAUUUCCUAGCUAUGUGUUUGUCUCAUUUGAAGAACAGGGACCCUAAGAUGAGCCGCGUUGCUUUAGAAUCGCUGUACCGCUUACUAUGGGUAUACAUGAUCCGCAUCAAAUGCGAGAGUAACUCUGCAACGCAGUCCCGCCUCCAGAGCAUCGUCAACUCGUUGUUCCCUAAGGGAUCGAAGGGCGUGGUGCCACGGGACACGCCCCUAAACAUAUUUGUCAAGAUCAUCCAGUUCAUCGCGCAGGAGCGGCUGGACUUCGCCAUGCGCGAGAUCGUAUUCGAUUUGCUGUCCGUGGCCAGGCCGGUGAAGGUCAUUUUGACGCCGGAGAGGAUGAGUAUUGGGCUGAGGGCGUUCCUCGUCGUGGCGGAUAGUUUGCAGCAGAAGGAGGGGGAUCCGCCCAUGCCUAGAUCGGUGGGAGUGAUGCCAAGCGGCAACACCCUGCGUGUCCGCAAGACCUUCCUGAACAAAAUGCUGACCGAGGACACCGCCAGGACCAUAGGGAUGAACGCGUAUUUUCCACACGUGCGACGGGUAUUCGUCGACAUUUUGCGGGCGCUGGACACCCAGUAUGGUAGGCCGCUCAUGAUGACCAACACUCAAAACGUGAAUAAGGAGCCUGACGAGAUGAUCACAGGAGAGAGGAAGCCUAGGAUCGAGUUGUUCAGGACCUGUGUUGCAGCUGUGCCCAGGUUGAUACCUGAUGGCAUGACAAGCAGCGAGCUAGUAGAUCUACUGAGCCGGCUGACAGUCCACAUGGACGAAGAGCUACGUGGUUUGUCCUACUGCAGCUUGCAAAGCCUUGUCGUCGACUUUCCUGAGUGGCGACAGGACGUAUUAUGGGGCUUGACCCAGUUCGUGGCUAAGGAUAUCCUCGACACAUUCCCACAAUUCAUCGACCACGGCCUCAAGAUGAUUGUGACGCUGCUGUGCGCUUGGAAGACAGCACUUGGAGGGAACAAUAACAACCACAAUGGUGGCACUUUGAGGCUAGGAAAAGAUAAAGGGGAAGGCAAGACCGGUUCCGAUCCCAACCUUACCAAACGCACCGAUCUAGGCAAGUCAGAAUCCAUGUCGUCAGUUUUGCAUCUGGUGGAGGCUUUGGCAUUGGUGAUGCUAUGCACGUAUCGAUUGACUACCAGAAGGUUGUCCGUGAUGAUCUUGAAGGAGGUCAAAAGCUUGCUGAAGGUACUGAACUGUUCAGAUCAACCAGCUGUGAUUGACGUGAUGGAUCAGUGCUGUGCUCAAGUUGUGGAGAAGUGUCUCCCGUUGUUACCACCUGCUGAGAAGGCUGCGGUACAGGCUGUACCCAAUAUCGAUCUCCAGUGGUUAGCUGACAGGAAUUCUUCAGUGUGGACAGCAGGGCUGUUUGAAGAUGGAUCCGUGAAGAAUGCAGCUAGCUACAAUUUUUCUGUCGUGGAUCCAUGGAGCGUAUGCCUUUUUGGAUUCUUGGAAAGAGACAGAAUACUCAGCUCUUGCUCUCUGAUGACCAUGCAUUCAUGGCCCAUAGUUUUUACGAGGUUGAAUGCCUUGUACUCUGUUGUGGACCCCACACCUCUUAAUGAUAAUAGAGCUUCUUUAUUGAGAAGUGCUACUACUGUAAAGAAACCGCCUACAGAAAGAGAUGCGUAUAUGCAUCUUUGGAAAAAUUACAUAACAUUCGCUUUCAGAGUAGUUCCACUACUUUCAAAUCCUGUUGUGAGAUGUGCUAGCCCUGACUUGAGCUUGAGUUCAUCUCCAGAUAGUCUAAACGCUGAAAAAGCAGACUAUAAGAUGCAAGCUUCAAAUAUUUCCCCCGUCUCUCUGUAUAAGCUUGUAGUACCUCAUUUGAGGUGCGAAGUCACUGAUAUCAGGGAUGCUGCAGUUUACGCUAUUGGAAAUAUCAACGGAGCUGCUUUAAGGGACCUGUUGGAUGAAUCAGCAGUUUAUAUCCGAGAAGCAAUAGACAAAAAACAAGAGAAUGUAAGGCGGAGACGAAGGAGAGACGCACUAAGACUGCAAUUGAUGAGACUGCUAGAAAAUAUUGCUGACAAUGAGACGUUUGGUGUUAGUCCUUGCGUGAUAGACAGGGACUCUCACUCAUUAGUACCGAUCCUGGUCGAAUUUAUUGAUGGCGUCAGGUAUUAUCUGGAAAAUGAACCCGAUAAAAAUGCAAGCAGCGUUAGGGACUUGACGCUGCAUUUCUGCCAUUUUAUUAGGAAGAUGAUCAAGAACUUUAGUCUUGAUGCAUGCCGAAGCCUGUUGAAACGCGACUUGAGACGUAACCUUUUCACCUUAUUAUCCAACUGGGCUGGUAAAUACAGCCUGCCCAAUGCUAAAGUUUCAACGCCAGAUGGUGACAGCUCGAACAAAAAGCAUUCCGAACUACAGUACGCCGCUUUGAAAGCUAUGAGCUCCUUGCUUUGCUGCGGACCUUGCUUCGACUCUCUGACAGAAGAGAGCACUUACUAUUUGUGGAUUGAGGGAUUGUUGAACAGCACCGAAGAAAAGGUAUACAAUUUGGCCCAAGAAACUGUAAUUCUCUUGCUGGAAUCUAACCCAGACGUGUCACCCUUACUGGACUGGGUUGUGGACAAAUGCUACACAGGAACACCUGUGGUGGCUGACAUUUGCUUUUUGGCUUUAGCUACAAUUUUCAGCGCUAGGGAGUAUCCAUGUGACCACUACACAGCAAUAAUAAACGUGACAUUGAUGAACACUGGCUGUCCCAGGCAGAUUGUCAGAGAUACAGCAUUGCAACUUCUGCAACUACUUGACAAGAGGUUCUUUGGAUGCGUGGGGCCCCUGGCUGAAAACGAUUUGGCUGAAGGCGAUAAAGGUAGAAGUACCUUGGACGUAAUUCUGGCCACCUCCUACUGCCGAUCUCAGACUCAUUUAUCAAGACAACUGGCUCAUUUGCAUCCAGAACUAACUAUGCCGAUGUUUUCUGAAAUCACGUAUCGAUUCCAAACAGCCAGACCUGAAGUGAGACAGUUACUCCUGCAAUAUUUGUUGCCCUGGUUGCAUAAUAUGGAGCUAGUAGAUCCAAACAUUCCCCCUACCAACACGCAUAUUUAUCAGUUUUACGCCAACGAAAUGGCUACCUCGGAAAGGAAAGAUGGUUGGGGAUCUGCAGAAGCAACUGAGAUGGUACUCAAUAACAUCUUCUAUAUCACAGCUAAGUUUGGUGACAGUCAUUCCAAAGAAAUAGAAGAGGUAUGGGGUACACUUUGUACUUCUUGGCCGAAUAAUAUGAAAGUGAUCAUCAGAUAUCUCAUAAUUGUAUCUGGUAUGGCCCCCUGCGAGCUGUUACCCUACGCAAAACGGGUUGUGCUAUACUUGGCCAGAGUUCAACCAGUAAGAUUGCUGGAUGAAAUGAUGGUUGAACUUCAGACAGUGGAAACGUUGAAUUGUCUGAUUGAAAGGACUGAAACGCCACCUUUCUAUCGCCUAACUGUGAUGAGGAAAGCGUCCAGUCAUUCCGAUGGUACAAAUGGAGUUGCAGGGCAGGCCGAUUCAACUAGUAGGAACGAUAUCAGUAUAGAAAAGGGAACGAUCCACACCAAAAGACACAGUGGUGAGGAUCCGUCCAAAACAUCUAUAAUCGCCAAAUCUGAUUCAGGAACCAAUGUAUUUUCUGACUUCACUAUGGCGCGUCCCGAAAAGCUGAGAAAUCAAGAUGACAUGACAAAUUCUUUAGAGGAGGUGGCUAUAGAAGAAGAUGUACUCUUAAGAGAAAAGGUUGACGUAUCGUUGUCACAGCCUCAUCCUUUACCAAUGCCCGAGUUUGGGGGUUACUUUGCACCUCUGACAGAAUAUUUGCCUGAUAGCUCGCAACCUAUAUCAGGCUUCCAUAGGUGUAAUGUUGGUGUUAUGCUUAUGUGCGACAUAGUUGUAGACGGUAUAGAAUUAGACUGGACCGUACAUGUACCUCUUAUGCUGCACAUCCUUUUCCUGGGUCUGGACCACAACCGUCCUUUAGUCUAUCAACAUUGCAAGCAGCUGCUGUUGAAUCUACUGAUUGUUUUGGCCCAACAUAAUGAUCACUUGACUGUGGCUCAUAUACUGCUCAACAGUAAAACUAGACAGUUGGGCUUGGGUCUGUCUACCCCGACUUUAUCAUCGGUUGUUCAAACUAACUUCACAGAAUCUGAUUCCUUGUUCAACGAAUUCCUGCAUCACCCUGCUGCAGUUAGCAACGCCGUGGAGCCAGCUGCUAAACCUGUUACGCAACCUUCUCCAGCAAAACUGGAAGAACAAGGAGAAGAGAGGGAAGUGGUAGUACCCCAGGUCAUAAUCAUUCCAGAGAAUGCAGAACCACCUCCAGCCAAAGUGGAACUGACGGUGCCUGUGAUCAUCAAAUCUCUGAUCCAGUUUUUAGCUACUAGACAAAAUGCGCCAUUGUGGAACUACGAUGAUAUUACCGCCAAGGUGUGGACGAUUAAGAGUGCCGAGCAGAUCGACGUCUUCAUGCAAUAUAUUCUGAAGGUUUUCACUUACUCACUUCCUAACGCCCAUAUCAACGAACGUUGGGCACAAACAGCCCUACAGUUAGGACUGAGCUGUUCUUCCAGACACUACGCUGGAAGGUCAUUGCAGAUCUUUAGAUCGCUGAGGGUUCCAAUCAGUUCCAGAAUGCUGUCGGAUAUAUUGAGCAGGCUUGUGGAAACUGUCGCUGAGCAGGGAGAAGAUAUGCAAGGUUAUGUGACCGAGCUGCUGCUCACCCUCGAAGCUGCCGUGGAGUCCCUGGAAUCGGACUUCCGGCCGUUGGAUUUGAUGAAGGAUUUCUUCAAGUCAACCCCUAACCUGAACAACAAAGAGCUAAAGCGCAACCCCGAGGGAUCCCCAACUAACGUGGCUGGAGGUGUGUCGCUGUGUAGCCAUCCUCCUGCAGGUCAUGCAAGGAGCACUAGCUACUCUGUUUCGUACGGAUUCAGGAAGAACGCGCCUUCGUCAGAUGUCAAGGAGCGGAAUAGGCAUAGUAAUGAGAUCGACCAUCGCAGUGUUACCAAGUUUGCCAACAAUCUUUCUCGGUCUAGGUCAGCCCAGAGCUUGAAAAUGCUAGGCGAUACAGCAACUCAAGAUGACAAACUGACAAUACUCGCUCAGUUAUUCUGGUUGGCGGUUUCUCUCCUAGAAUCUGAUUACGAAUAUGAGUUCCUUCUAGCCGUAAGACUUUUAGCGAGUGUGAUGCAUAGACUACCGCUAGAUAGACCGGAUGCCAGAGAUAAGGUGGAGAAAUUACAGUCUCAGUUAAGAUGGACAUCAUUUCCUGGAGUUCACGCAUUAUUGCUUAAGGUUACUAUCCUCCCACGAUGGUACGGUGGUAUGUGUCAAUGAGGUGGCGUGGCGCAACUAGAAAGCGAUUGGAGAUACCUUACCUAUCCGGUUUGUUUCAAUUUAACGCCGCCAGAUGGAGCAUCAAAGCAGCUUGAGAGAACAAAGAGGCAGUGGCGUGGGGUUGCACUCAUCCAAACAUUUAUGAACCUGUGGUGGCUCUGCUGGCACAACUGACCCCUUUGUUGAAUUUUGCUGUGAUAGAUCCAUCGCAAAGCAUUGCUUUUCCUAUGAACGUGAUGGCCCUACUACCAUAUAUGCUUCUUAACUACGAAGAUGCCAAUGAGCUGUGUAUCAGGGCUGCUGAGAAUAUUGCACAGGUCAGCAUUGAAAAAAGCAAGAAACUAGAAAACUUAGGAACUGUGAUGAACCUCUACAGUCGACGAACGUUCAGCAAGGAAAGUUUCCAGUGGACGAAAUGUGUUGUGAAGUACCUUCACGAUACCUACUCCCAUUUGGGAUUGAAUAUGCUCUCUUUCCUUAUAGAAAUUUUAGAAAAAGGACCUAGCAAUCUUCAGCUACCUAUACUGAACAUAAUACACUGCAUCCUUCACUAUGUUGACUUAGGCACUACGGCUGCUCAACCAGUUAAUACAGAUCUCCUGAAGGUCAUAGUGAAAUACAUCGAAGGCCCGAACUGGAAGGAAUCACUGAAGAUCCUGAAACUGGUAGUAAGCAGGUCCAGCUCGCUAGUAGCACCACCAAUCACAAUCCACUCACACUGGGAGAGCUCUCUAACGUCGAUGCCGCACCCGUCGUUCAACGACGACAACAUCUUCGCGAAGAAGGAGUUGCCUGGCAGAACGAUGGAGUUCACGUUCGAUAUGUCACAAACACCUGUCAUUGGCAGGAAAUAUCUGCAUCAGAAGGGCGAUAAGGACAAGGCGGACGAGGCUGGUGCAGCUAAGGCGGCAGCGGCUACACCCAGGAGGUCGUGCUCAAUCAGCCCCGCGGAUGGAUCGCCGCUGUCAGGGUGGAAACGGCCUUGGAUGAGUCAGGGUCGUGUUAGGGAAUGCUUGGUAAACCUCCUAACAACGUGUGGCCAGAGAGUUGGAUUGCCGAAGAGCCCGUCGGUGAUAUUCAGUCAAACUUCAGAUCUGAUAGAAAGACAAUCAAGCAUGGCGUCUAGCACUGAAGAGAUGUCAGGCAAUCAUGACAUGAGCGGUGGUUCAAGAAGAGAUGAAGCUGCCACUGAGUUUGGAGUGUUCAAAGACUUCGAUUUCUUGGAGUACGAGAGCGAAAGCAUUGAGGGUGAAAGCACCGACAAUUUCAACUGGGGUGUGAGAAGGAGACCAUUGAGCCAAGGCGAGGAUGAGCAAGGAAACGUGAAACAGUUGGAAGAUAGUUUUAGUGAGAAAACACCCGUACUGACUGGGAGAAAGGUACACAACUGUCCAUUCAAUCAUAAUCGCUUACUGACAGAGGAAUCAUCAGAUGACGAGAUUGGUUCUGAAUCGCCUUUGGACGAAAUAGCCAUUGCUCCAGAAUUUGACAACAGCACUAUAGAAAGCAGUGCUAUGUUCCCACCGUCGUCCUUAGCUCUAAGGGAGGCCACCUCUUCCCAAAUUCAUUCCAGUGCCAGAUCUGAUACAAGCGGAUCGAGUGCAGGUGAUCUGGGCGAAGAAACGCCCUGCAAUGCUUCACCAAACAUGUCGACUUUGAUGAACAUUCCAACUUUCUCAAAAAGCGACGUCUUGGAGAACUGGACAACUUAUAUUCAGUCAAAUAUGCUGCAGACUCCAGCUAACGCCUUGCAGUUUUUCCACCAAUUCCAGAAACUUGUUGCGGACGUAUGCUUGGCAGCAAAUGACAUCACAAAGGAGUCCUGCACGUACAUGUCGCAGACAUCAAUCAGUAGUCAGCCAACCAUCAAACUGAUUGGAUCCCGACUCAUGUCGAUGAUCGACAUCAUCAACUAUCGAGUAUUGCCUUUCAAUAUCAUUUGGUUCAACACUCUCGCGAUCAGCAACUCCAAAUUCAUAGAGUCACUAAAGUAUGGUAUGCUAGAGGUACAGGAGCACUUGGAAACGUUCUGUGAUAAGAAGCAGCAAGCUAGUAUGUACUGCGAUGCUGUGAAGACAACACUAAAGCUAGAAAGACUGAGCGGACCGCAAUCCGAGUAUCAACAUGAGCAGUAUUUGCUAGAUUUGGCUAAAGCGCUUUACAAAUUGUAUUUUCAGCUACUAUUAUUAGUCGAAGCUGGUAGGAAGGCCGUGCUGAUGCUUCAUAGUAGUCUCAAAUCCGCAGAUUUCAAAGAUGUUACCGGAGACGUAAUAAACAUUCGCAACGCCCUCUUGCGGGCAUAUGAAGACACCGACGCAGAUGGUGGAAUCGCAUCUGCCUUGAGUGGCGCCGUCAGUUCCGAAAACCUCCUCUCGAAUAUCUGCAAGCUUAUUGAAAACGAGAAGUGGAUCUCUGUCAUCCUUUACUUCAAGGUCAACAAAGAGGAGUUUGUCAAGGAGUUUGAGGAGUUGUGCGAUAAGGACAACGAUCUCAAUUCCAUUUUGAAUAUUUAUUGCAAGAAGUUGGUUCAGGAGAAACCUGAAUGCUUCGUGAUAACCAACCAAGAGUCUGAACUAGGUGACGUCUUCGGAAGAUUAUUCCAAGUAUCUGCAGCCAUAUCUGACUUGGAAGGUGGUAUGAAAGAACAGCCGAGCAAAUCGUCUGAGCCGCAGAGCAAAUAAAUUUCAUUAUUUUAUCUGUGUUAUUAUACUUUAAAUGUUAAUCUCAUGCCUAACUGUAAGCCUCAUUAUAUUCGUAUUUAUGCCUAAUUGAUUAUACGAUAUUGAAACAAACAUAAUUAAAAUAAACAUAUUGGUUGAUA